AUGAUAGCUGAGAUUGUGAAACUAAUUUGUACUAUUAUAUGGGGGAGGAUCCUCUUUGACGAGAUAAAAGUAGAGAAGAAAAUCUGCAAGAAUUGGCUGAUAGAUUGGUUUGUUUUCAGAGUGAAUGUGAAGUUACCUAGUGUGGAGGUAAGGUACAAGAACCUGAAUGUAGAAGCAGAAUGUGAGGUUGUUCAAGGGAAGCCACUUCCUACUCUAUGGAAUUCUUUUUCUAGCUUAUUUUCAGAUUUAGUGAAGACUAUAUCAUGCAGUUCUCAAGAAACCAAAUUGGGCAUUCUUAAAGAUGUCAGUGGCAUCAUAAAGCCGGCAAGGCUUACUCUUCUUCUGGGUCCACCUAGCUGUGGGAAAACUACCUUACUAAUGGCAUUGGCUGGAAAACUUGAUCAAUCUCUUGAGCCUCCAACUGAUAUGCCUGUUCCAACUAUUAUGGUAACAUGCAGCAAGCAUGUUUGGAUCAAUGCAGACAUAUUUGCAAUCUAUUACUGUGAGGCACAUACAUUGUCCGAGCGAUUGGUGUCAUCUUUGAGUACUCAAGGCACAUACAUUGUCCGAGAAGGAGAUCCAGUUACCGAGAUGCUUUUUAUCAUCAGAGGGAAACUCGAAAGCUCAACCACAAAUGGUGGCAGAACUGGUUUCUUUAACUCUAUUACCUUAAGGCCUGGUGAUUUCUGUGGAGAAGAGUUACUUGCUUGGGCAUUGCUUCCGAAAUCUACUCUCAACUUGCCUUCUUCUACAAGAACAGUUAAAGCCCUUGUUGAAUUUGAAGCCUUUGAACUUAGAGCAGAAGAUCUUAAAUUCGUGGCAAAUCAGUUUCGACGUCUUCACAGCAAGAAGUUGCAGCAUACGUUCCGUUUCUACUCUUACCAUUGGAGGACAUGGGCUGCUUGUUUCAUUCAGGUCGCUUGGCGCCGGUUUAAGAAGAGAGUCUUGGCAAAUAGCCUCAGCCUGAGAGAAUACAAGUCCUUCAUCGAUGAACAAGCAAGAAAUCGUAUGGAACACGAGAAAGAAGAGCGCGGUAACACAGCACAAGUAAAACAGAAUCUUGGUGUCACUAUAUUGGCUUCAAGAUUUGCUGCAAACACAAGGAAAGGGGUUCAGAAGAUCAAGGAUGUAGAGAUGCUCAAGUUGCAAAAACCCGAAGAGCCAGAUUUCUCAGUAGAGCAUGAAGACGAUUAAGCUCAAUACUGCAAUGUUAAGUAACUGACAUUUCAACUGAUAUUGCAACAGUUCCAUAUAAUCUUCAAGAAUUAAAUGCAUUGCUCCUAGUCUGA